AUGAGUUGGAAAGCUGAUCGUCUGGGUCCCGAAGUAGACGACAACAUUGUCGUACAAAGUCCGUCAAGGGGCCGCAGUUUCCAUCUCAAUGGCCUCAACAUGAGUCCGAUAGACGGUUUCUCUCACGGUCACAGCAUGUCGUCGAUAUCUCUUCGCCCAUAUGGCACAGAAGAACAUGGCAUGCUUGGCCGCGACGUAUCGCGGAAUCUUUUGCAUAGAAGCAGCAGUCACGGCAGACCUGGCAUCGCGCCCACAAGUUCCAGCACACACCUCAAUCAGCUUUCUGGAUAUCUUCCACUGCUUGGCAAACCAACGAUAAAGAAGGGCUUCUACUAUUCGGACCUAGAGAUGGCUAUACUAUCCUUCAUCUGCCUCACCUUAGAAACAUUGGUGGUUUUCCAUGAAUCCAUCUCUGUCGGUAAUGACCAGCUCAUUGUCUUCGGAUUCCUGCUCAGCACCAUGCAUCUAUGCUUAGGCAGCGUCGCGCCGAUUCUGUUCGUUCUCAUGGAGGCCAGAUUUGGCGACUCCGCUAUCCAGAACUACGACGGGCUUCUGCGCAACAAGCCUACCGCCUCGAGACUCGGUACGUCUUGGAGAGUGGCACUCCUCCUCAUGUUGGCUCUUCCCAUUGCUCUCAGCGUCGCAUACAAGACCUUCACUGGCGGCGAGAGUCGAAUGGAGAUCGACAGCUUUGACUACAUCUCCAACAAGACCUACUAUGGCAUGUUCCAGCCGCCCGGCAUACUUUUAUUCGACGGCGUCUCUGGGUUUUUCAACGCAACCACGGCUUUUCGGGGAGCCACGAAACUCAGCUCGAAUGGCUCUAAGCCACCUUUUCCGACGCUGCCGCGCGCAUAUGGCUACAAUACUUUGCUGUUGAAUGAAACAAGCGCCGCGGCGCUUGACACUCUCCAGGCAGAUUAUGUGAUCGCGAUACAGGAGCGUCUCGCAAUAGGUGAAUCAUGA